AUGCAAGCAGAAAAAAAAGCUGCGUGGAAAUGCAAAAUCUGCUUAAAAAGCCAAAAAGAAUUAAAAUCUACACGUUCACACACGGAAUAUAAAAAAAUCACAUUAAGAAAAAAGACUGUCUCAGCAGCUAAACAAACUGCGUCACCUAAAUCGGAAUCAGUUGUAGAUAUUUCAUCUCCUCUGCUUGAUUCAUGCGGGAUCGAUACGGAAGAAGAAUGCGACGAACUAGAGGAAUCCUCCUUGGAAAUGUUCUCAAGGAGUGAAGAUUACUCAACUUUUAAAAUAUGCGAAAUGCGGGAAAUGAAGGAAGAAAUUAAAGAAUUAAAAAUUAAUCUCUCGAGUACACAAAAUGAGUUAGAGAAUACGAUAAUAGAAAACAAUGAAUACAAAAGAGAAAUAAAUAAAUUAAAAAAGGAAAUUGAGGUUCUAAAGAACAUCUGUCAAUCUCCAAUAAUUAAAAGCACAAAUGAGAUAAAUAAGGGAUUUCACGUCUCACUUACCCCCCUCAAACACUUCUAA